CUCUCCAACGAUGGCAGAUGUGCAGCCUCCACCUCUCCGGUCCCUGGAUGAUUUUAUUUUAGGGUCGGCACGGUUUGCUGUGCCAGAUAUCCGGAAUUUUGAGCGAUUGAACAACCGGAUCAUCAACAACCUGCUUUAUUACCAGUCCAACUAUUUCCUGUCGGUGAUUAUUUUCCUCGCUGUAGUCGGGUAUGUCCAGCCCAUGCAGCUGUUCCUUGGUGCCACAGUGGUGACGCUCGCCUUCCUGGGCUUUGUGUGGGCAGCGGAGAAUCAGGCCAGCGUCAGACGCUUCCGCCGUACCCACCCGUCCCUCUCCCUCACCGCCAUCCUCGGGGCGAGCUACCUGUUCCUCACUGUGCUUGGUGGCGUCGCAGUGUUCCUCUUCGGGAUCGCCUUCCCCAUACUGCUGGUCUUGAUCCAUGCCUCGGUGCGGCUGCGUAGCCUGAAGAAUAAGCUGGAGAACAAGCUGGAGAGCAUUGGGCUCAAGAGAACACCCAUGGGGCUCCUUCUGGAGGCGCUGGGACAGGAGCAGGAGGCAGGGUCGUAGGGGAGAGGGAGCAUAUGGGAGGUUCGACCAAGGUGGAAGGAAUUUGGUGACCGGUUACAAUGAAUGGUCUCAGUGUCCAGUUAUAUAGGCCAGUUUUAAAGACUUCAUAUGUAUGAUGCCUAUGACAUUGGGCAGGAGUUUAGGCACUAAGUAUUUUCAAAUAGUUAUUCUCCAGUGUUGAAAACUUAAUUUCUGCAGAAAUGUCGGUUAGAUAAUGUCAUAAGUAAUCAUUCUUUUGUAUACAGGGCUUAGUACACACUCCUUGUAAAGCAUGUUUUGCACUUAUCUGUGGUAAAUAGUUCAACUUGCUCUGGAAAAUACAAGAAAACAGGUUUUUUUUUCGUAAAGUGAUUUCCGAGGCAACUGAAAUAAUAUCUGAGUAUUGUGAUAUGUACGUAACGUAAGCAGAACUGGCUUUUGUUGGCCUGGGGUGGGAUCCUUUAUGGUGUUUUCUAGAGCCGGUUUUGUCAGAUGUGGUGCUGGAGGCCCAGCGCUUGGGCCGGAUGUGGUUCCGGCAAAUCUUUGUUUAAGGCCUCGGUGAGAUGUUAUAUAUCAAAAUAUUCAUAGAAAUGCUAAAUCCGCUGAAAUCUGAAAGCAACAGAUUGUUUUCAGCUUAAACAUAAUUAGCAAACAUUUUCUGGUUUCAGCUGGUAGCGUAGUGGUUGGAGCUGCUACCUUUGGAUCCAAAUGUCCGAGGUUUGAAUCCCACCUCCAGCUGUAGUAGCCUUGAGCAAGGUACUUACCCUAAAUUGCUCCAGUACCUAAAUCAUUGUAGGUAGAUGCAAGUCGCUGUGGAAAAAAGCAUCCGAUAAAUGUAAAAGUUGUGUAAAUUUGGAAAAUUAGGCUGCCAUUUAAUUAUAACUAUAUUUUAUUGGCAAUUAUGAAUUGAUAAAAUUCACAUGAAAACAAAAAACACUUAUUUUUUAAAUUCUUUUUUUUUUUUUCUUUUACUGCAGACAUUCUUCCAAAACAACACAAAGACUGACAGGAACGUUUUAUCAAGUCGUAGUAAGAUUGAUGAGAAGAACACAGUCAAGAGCCGUAAUAGGGUGAAUAGUGGGUCCCAAGGACCUGGAUUAAAAAUGAGUGCGUAGUCAUACGUAAAAUAUGUUAAUGCAGACAGUGGUAAAGCAGAUUUAUAGACUAACCAUUCAUUAAAAGCAAAAUGAAGAAAGAGGCUGCAGGAUCUGUCAUACAUGCAUAUUUGACAGCUGAAAUAAAAAGAAAAGAGGAAUUAAUAUGUCUGUCAGAUUCAUGCUGUGGCUAUUAGUCCUUAAUGGAUACCUGAAUAUGAAGAAUGUUUAUCUUUCCUGUCGUUAUUUAAUGCUUGGAUGCUGUGUCAUACAUAGGAAACAUCAACAUCUCAUCUCUUUAAAAUAUUCAUCGCAUCGCAAACAAUUUUUUCAGAAACAUUCCUCUUGACUCUGAAAGAUAAAGAUGUCAGAAACUGAGUUACAAAUGUUCACCUUAUGUGAUAUUUUACAUUUUGUAACCUUAGAAUAAAUACUGAGUAAAGUUAUCUGUGUUCUUUGGACCAAAUAAAUAGUUUUGAUGGUUGUCUGCACAGUAAUGUGUCACCAAAAAGGAAGGAUAUCAUAACUACUCCCAUUUUCAGCUGUUUGGUUAAUUUUGUGUUAGAUAUACUUGUUCCAGGCAUAUAAAAUUUAAAAUAAAAUAAUAAAGUCUUUGCUGUUUGAUGAAGGCUUACUCAGUCAGAGUAACGUAAGUAUACCCUGUUUUCAAAUCAGAUUUAUCCAAGUUGCGUUGGCUGUGAUUACAUUCGGAGAAAGAGGGUAAAAAUAAUAUUGUACAGCUACUGUACUUAGAAUGAAGGAUUGGUUGUGGAUGAUUUACAAUCGCUUUCAUAGUACAAUUUUCAGCCUUUUUCUCAUUGGAAAAAAUCUUCUUUGCAUCAAGCUUUCGAGUCUUUAUGUCUUCGGAUUUGUGUGCCUUUUAUACUGUGCCAAUUUUAAGUUUGGUUCAUGAAUAUGUGCCGAUGUUUUGCGAGCCGUAUUGGUGUUCAUCGAUCCAAUGAAUAAAGUGCCAGCUCUGCAGAA